AUGAAUAUUGAUGAAUUUGAAAACACUGGAACUUCAAAUGCCUAUUUUACUAGAGCCAAAUACAAUACUAUAACUAAAUAAUUGGAACCACCUAUUACAUAAUGGAAAAAGGUAUGUAUUUGUGAAUAACCUUAAAAUCCUGUAAAAAAUUAUAUUUUUAAUAUAAGGAUUUAUUGUAUAUUCAAUGUGAUUAAUGUAAUAAAUGGUUUCAUUUAUCAUGUAUGGGAUUAACAUAGGAAUAAGCUAAUUAAAUGGAAUAAUAUAGUUGUAAAAUAUGUAAAAAAUGA